UUCUUGGAGAUAUAUAUAUAUAUAUCCAUCAUAUUUCAAAUGUGCACAUUUCAGCUGGAUAUGGUGGUGCAUGCUUAUAAUCCCAGCACUUAGGGAAGCUGAGACAGGAUUGCCUCAAUUUCAAGGCCAGCUUGGGCUACAUAGUGAGUUCAAAGUUAGCCUGAACUACAUAGUGAGACAAAACAAAGCAAAACAGAACAAAACAAACAAAAUAAUUGUGUAUUUUAUAUUUUGUUUUGAUAGAAAUUAUUUCAAGAAAGUUUCACGUUCUCUUUGUUCAAACAGGGUAACCGAAUGUGCAGGUUCUGUGGCGGCAGCUGCCUGUGAUUACCACACCUUCCCUGAAUUAUUUCUGGUUUGGCUGCCCUCACUAGAUUUAUACCCUCUGAAGAGAAACCAGAGCAUAAGACAAAGAUUUUUGACUGUUUUCUUUCUCUUGCCCAGGCCUCCACACCAGCUAUAUUGUUCGGUGCUGGCACCGUACCUACAUUCAGCAGUCCAUAAACACUGCCUCUAAGCCAGGCUCAGUGUGCAGGACCAGCUCCUCUGAGGGCUGGGGCAGGAGAAUCACUUGAGUCCGGGUGUCUGAUGCCAGCCUGGGCAAUGCAGCAAGACCCUGAAACCCUUUUAGAAUUUUCAGUGCUAAUAAACAGCUGGCUGUGGCACACAGGUUGUGGGUUUACCCCCACAGUCCUCUAUUCUAAUUCUCUUCUAAUAGAAGAGAAGAGGGAAGGGGAAAUUAUUUUUUAAUAUGUGUGUAAAUGAAUCUAGGCCAGAUGUGAUGGUGCAUGCCUGUCAUCCCAACACUCAGGAGGCUGAGGCAGGUGGAUCUCUGUGAGUUCAUUGCCAGCCUGGGCUACAUAGUGAGUUCAAGACCAACCUGAAUCGCAUAGUGAAACCCUGUCUCAAAAAAAAAAAAAAAAAAGAAAAGAAAAGAAAUAGAAUCUGUGUCACGGAAGCUAUCUGAGGCUUUGUAGGACCAGAUCUAGAACUAGAAAAGGCAUUUCUGUUUUCAUCUUAGUCUUUAAUAACUUUUCUUGCUUGCUUCUCUGCUGUGCUGGGUCUGGAAUCUAGGACCUCAGGCAUGCUAGACUAGCACUGUGCCUGAGAGCUAUCCCCAGCCUACUGUUGCCGUAAUGCUGCAGAAAUGCAGUGAUUUUAUCACUGGUUGCACACCGUCUCCUGCUGUUCCCUGCUGAACCAAAUCAGGCUGCGUGGCCCCGUGCUGUUUUCCAUUGACUUUGCAGUUGUUGAUAUUGGCUUUUAGUGUGGGGCAUGUGGUUUCUUUCGACACAAACAUGAACACAUUUCUUACCACUGAAAUUUUCCCAAGGGCUGGGUCAUUCCAAGCUGGAAACUCAGCAGGGUGCUUCUUACACCCCAUUGUUGCUUUCAUCUGGGGGUGCCACUCGUAGCCUAGGCUUUCCGUGGCGUAGCAAAUAGGCUACAUGUGAGUGGAGAAAGUAUGAGGCUUCUUGUAUGCAGCCCAGGAGACGAGGAAACCAUGGCUCUGCUGCGUGCCGUUUGUCUGUGGAGUAUCAGAAGUUCAAAUGCAGCCUACCCCAGACUCUACCAUCAUCAGGGACGCGGCCCUUUUGCACAAAGGCGUUUUUUUGAAAUUGAACUUCCAAAUGUUUUUGAAACUGGCAGUGUUGUUUUAUCUGCUGAUAGAACCCAGAUGGCACAAGAGGACAUUUUUCCGUCAUUUGAAUCACUGCACAAGCACAGUGUCAUCUAGACACAGAAGGUGACUUCAGGACAGUGCUGUGGCUACAGAGCAUGGUUAAAUUUGGAAAAUCAGCAGAGGAUUUUUAAAAAGCCUUCUGAUUCAACACUUCCGCUUUCCGUGUUUCAAGUACAUAUCUAGUUACAGGGUAAAAACAAAUUUUUGCUCUAGAGCUAGCUGGGCAGAGCCAGUGUCUGCUUGGCCGGUGGAGUUUGAGGACCCAUCUGCCUCGCACACCAUCAGCAGCUUUGUUUGUUUAGGGCCCCACUGUAGUCUUUAUUCAUGGAGAAGCAAAAAGAAACUCAAAACAGCCCAGCUGGAUUUCCAGGUCCUGUGUGGAAUAUGUAACCUCUUUGACUUCUCAGCUGAGAAAAUUGGAUGCGGCUGUCACAGAAAGAGAAUGAAUGUGGAACCCCACAAUGCUGUGCUUGCAGCCACUUUCAUUCCAUUGAAUUUAACACAUACUGAAAGGCAGGCAUACUCCGGGAAGCACAGGGCUGAAGCAAGGCUCGGAAGCCAAGCAGGGAGCCCCACUUUGGAAGCUGCCAGUCCCCGGGCACUGGGGUGGGCUGAGGCCGACCAUGCCCGGUCUGCUGUUGCUGUUCAUGGUGGCUCUGCUCUCCAGCUGGGCCCAGCUGCUAACGGAAGCCAACUCCUGGUGGUCAUUGGCUAUGAACCCAGUGCAGAGACCCGAGAUGUUUAUCAUUGGAGCUCAGCCCGUGUGCAGUCAGCUGCCUGGGCUCUCCCCUGGCCAGAGAAAGCUGUGCCAACUGUACCAAGAACACAUGGUCUACAUUGCGGAGGGCGCCAAGACGGGCAUCAGGGAGUGCCAGCACCAAUUCCGGCACAGGCGGUGGAACUGCAGCACCGUGAACAACACGUCUGUCUUUGGCAGAGUCAUGCAGAUAGGCAGCCGUGAGACUGCUUUCACCUAUGCUGUGAGCGCUGCAGGCGUGGUCAAUGCCAUCAGCCGGGCUUGCCGCGAGGGUGAGCUCUCCACGUGUGGGUGCAGCCGGACAGCACGGCCCAAGGACCUGCCCCGGGACUGGCUGUGGGGCGGCUGUGGGGACAAUGUGGAGUACGGCUACCGCUUUGCCAAGGAGUUUGUGGAUGCCCGGGAGCGGGAGAAGAACUAUGCCAAGGGGUCGGAGGAGCAGGGCCGUGUGCUCAUGAACCUGCAGAACAACGAAGCGGGGCGAAGGGCUGUGUAUAAGAUGGCAGAUGUGGCCUGCAAAUGCCAUGGUGUCUCAGGGUCCUGCAGCCUUAAGACCUGCUGGCUCCAACUGGCUGAAUUCCGCAAAGUGGGGGACCAACUGAAGGAGAAAUACGACAGCGCGGCCGCCAUGCGGGUCACCCGAAAGGGGAAGCUGGAGCUGGUCAACAGCCGCUUCAACCCGCCCACCCCAGAGGACCUGGUCUACGUGGACCCCAGCCCCGACUACUGCCUGCGCAACGAGACCACGGGUUCCCUGGGCACCCAGGGCCGCCUCUGCAACAAGACCUCGGAGGGCAUGGACGGCUGCGAGCUCAUGUGCUGUGGCCGCGGCUAUGACCAGUUCAAGAGCAUCCAGGUGGAGCGCUGCCACUGCCGCUUCCACUGGUGCUGCUUCGUCAGGUGCAAAAAGUGCACCGAGGUCGUCGACCAGUACAUCUGUAAAUAGCGGGAGGCUCUGCUGCUCCGACCCGUCCUUCACGCUGCCUCACGAGAGUCUAUAUUAUAUAAAUCUAUAUAAAUAUAUUUUAUAUUUGUAUAAAUAAAUGGCUAGGUGAUAAAAAAUCAAGAGAGGAAAAUGGAAAGGAAACCUUAUUUAAGAGAACUUGGCAACCUUGGAGGACUGGGCUUUGCUGGUCCUACACUCCAGUGGGAGGGAGAAGGGCUUUCUUUUCCGCCCUCUGGGAGGACUCUCAGAAUGGAGGACGUGGAAACACUUCCGGGCUGCCUACCGCUGCCUUGAGGAGCGAGGCAGUGGUUGGAUGGAGGAGAUGAUUGUGCCUGGAAGUCGGGAGGCUUUGCUGGGUUGAUGGUUGCCUGUGACCCCACCCACAAGGCGAAGAGACCUGUGGAAGGCAGAGGACUUCAGCUAACCCUGAUGCUUCGGGAUCCGGCCCACAACACAGCUUGGUUCAGUGAGGAGCCCAGCGCUUUCCUGCUCUGUUAUCCAGGUGCACAUUUGCAGAACAGCUCCUUCACAGCAUGAGGAAACGGAGAGACCUGAUGUCACCCUAACCGGGUGAUGCUCAGGCCUGUCUUUCCAGCGAGAACCUUCUGUGGGUCAUUGCUCCUGCACAGGAGGAGAGGGGAUCAUUUGACUUGCUGUGAGAGGAGAAGUGUGAGCUGGUGCUUGUGCCUGGGCUGCAGGAACUUGGGUACAACACAGACUGUGUGAACAUUGUAUUAUCCUCCCACACAGGGAGAGGAAACUGCUGCUGCUGCUGCUGCUGCUCUGUCUGUCACGGGAGGCCCCACAGGCUGUCGCUCGUGUCGCCAGGUCAGAGGGCCUGGCAUGCUCUCUUUGUCUCUGUUGAGAUGUAUAGUUGCCCUCUAUAUUAAAAGUCCUUCACCCA